AUGGAUACAGAUACAAACAUCAACAAUAGAUCAAUAGAUAAUCCUAUAACAGUGAUUGAAGAGUUAUUUCAAAAGAACUGUCAAUCUCUAGUUAAUCAAACAAGAUCAUCACCAUUUAAUCAAAACACAGCAGCAUCUGAAGAAGAUGAACUAGAGAAUCUAAACAUUGUAAAGAAAUGGGGUAUUACAGAUCACUUUGAAAAGCUACUAGCAGACGAUGCGAUCUAUCAAUCACUACCACAAGUUAGAUCAGUUAGUGAAAGUGAUGCUAGUAUUGGUAGAUUGGUUCGAAUGAAAUGUAUGGUACAAGAUAUCUUUGAUCCUCAAUUUUAUAGUGGUCUAUGUAGAAUUAAAAAUACAAACACCAAUCAAAUUAGAUAUGAAACAAAUGCAUUUAAAAAUAGUAUAGAAAAUAUUGGUCAAGAUGAAGUUAUUGAUCAUCAUUUUGAAGGUGUAACAUUUGAAAGAGGGAUGUUAUUUUGUAUCCCUAUUCCUUGUCAAAAUAAUUGGGCUGUUGGUGAUUUGAUUAAUAAUAAUAAUAAUAAUAACCAACAAGAAAAGGUAGAGGUACCUGCAACAACAGAGAAAAAAUCAACUAAAAGAUCACUUGAAAAUGAUGAUAUACCAAUGGUAGAAGAAAUCAAAGAAGAUGAUCAAAAGAUUAAAAAGAAUAAUAAUAAUAAUAAUAAUAAUGAUAGUACCACCACUUCAAAAGCAACUUCAACAUCAAUGUAUGAAAAAGAAUCAGAGAUUAAAAAAGCAUACAAUUAUCCUAUAUCAGGGAUUGAUGGUCAUUUAUCACCAUUUAUUGUAAAGACAUAUGAUGGAAAGGACCAAGAAUUCAAGAUUAAUGAAAUAGUAGAGUUUGUUGGAGUCGUUUCAAAGUUUAGUCCCUCUUCACCAACACUCGACAAUAAUGAACAGAUUGACCAAAUGACCGAUAUUUUAAUGAAUGGAUUAGAGAUUGAAGAUCAAUCACAUAAAAUACCAGAAAGUCUAGUUCCACAACUUCAUGCAAUUGCAUAUCGUCAAAUAGAUCCAUACCUCUUACCAAACUCUACAACUCCAUUCAACAACAACAACAACAAUAGUCAACAAUCAACUAAUCAACAACCAACCAUUGAAUCAAUUUUAGAAAUUAGAAAAGAAUUGAUCACAUAUCUAACCAAUCAAUUAAAUGGAGAUAGUACUGCAGCAGAAUAUUUCCUAGUCUAUCUAUUUUCAAAGGUAUAUUUGGUUGCACAAGGAUUGUGUCUUGGUAAUUUCUCGUUAAAUGUGAUCAUCAAUCAAAAUGAUCAAGAAAUCGUAGACACGUUGGAAGAAUUGUUGCAACAGUUGGUGUCUAGAUCACAUCGAUUCAAGAUGACUGUCGACAAUUUAGAUGACGGUGAUAUUAUCCCAUUCAAGGAUUAUGACCGUAACCGUAUUGUAUCUGGACUCUUGCAACUACCGAAAAACACUCAUCUCAUCAUUGACGAGACACAGUUGCGUGAAGGUACACUUCACAAACAAGGUCUAAGAAAUCUUCAAGCCAUCAAAGAUUUGGCACUCUUUCAACGUGUCGAAUAUGAUUUUGAAUAUCAUCCAAUUGAAAUUAAAACUGAUAUUCAAUUAUUAAUUACUAGUUUUGGUAAAUCUUUAACUCCUGCAUUUUGUCAAGUUAAAUUAAAUAAAAAAUCUUUAGAACAAAUUAAAAAAGAAGAACCAAGUAAAGAGAAAUUAAAUCAAUUUAGACAAUAUAUUGGAUUAUUAAUGAAUAAUGGAUUAGAGGCAUCAAGUCAACAAGUAACAAAAGCAAUUGAGGAUGAUUUUGUUGGUACAAGACAAAGAGAUCCAGAUACUCCUCAAGAAAUAUUCCAUUAUUGGCUUACCUUGGCAAGAAUAUUGGCCAUUUCAUUUGGCGAGAAAUCAAUUUCACUUGAAAGAUGGAAUUAUAUGAAACAAUUGGAACUAAAAAGAAUUAUUUAA